UUAGAUAUUCCCCCGGAUAUAUUUUUAAGUGUUUGGUCCACUUUUCCUCUCUAAGCCACACCCUUUUCCUAGGUCUCUUACUCCCAUAGCCACACGUGCUGUAGGCCCUAGCAGAAACUUUUGCGAAAGGUAGCAGGUUUAGCCCCUUUAUUUUCUUCCUAACACUUCCAGCGUUCGUAUUCAUUCCAUUUCAUUGCAGACCAAUUUAUUUGGUGUUUCUGUUUUCACUGUGCUCUUUCCUAUCUUCAGUUUUUUUUUUUUUCCCUUUUCAUGCUGUUGUGAUUUUGUUUCUUACAGUUCACCGAGAGACCCCAAGGAGAGCUAAGUAGUAGAGCGACAACCGAACAGCCGGUGUCACCAGGUGACCCACGAGGCUACCACCUGUCAAAGUCUCUAUUUUGGGCCGACCCGUAAUUGAACCCGUCUAACUGUCUGCAUCAGUUAGCCGAAAUUCUUAUAGACGGCAUAGCCCGUACGAUAGCUCGUUAGCCAGAAAACAAACUUGCAUUGGCCUCUUUGUGUGUGUGCUGUGUUUCUCUCGUCCGCAGUGAGCCAGGAUGUCCCGUUCAUCCAGUCCCGCAGUCCCUUGGGAUCAGCUAGCGACAUGGCUGGAAACGAUGACGACCCCCUUCCUGCCCACAGACACCAGUGACCUGCAUCACUUGAGCCAAAGACAACUGGACACUGAGAUGGACCAGCUGAUGGCACACGAUCCGACGCAGAGUUACCCCCACAAAGAACUCGCCAGGAUCACCGGGACCCUAGCUCACCUCCUCAUCGCCCAGGCACGGCUCAGCGAAAAGAGCUACCUCGACCUGGAGCAGGAAGCUGCAACUCUAAGACUUCAAGCGGAGGAAGCCCGGAAGCAUCAGGCUCACACCCAGAGCCGUCUAGAUAAGCUACUUCUCGAGACCCAAGACCAGCACGAGAAAGAGGAUGCCACAGACCCAGGGCUACAGGAGGAAGUAGACAGACUUCAAAAUGCCCUGGAGAAUCUUCGUCUGGACACAGACCAAAGAGAACAUUUGGAGAGAGAAGCCCGAGAGGGACUCGAGGCAAAGCUCCGACAAGCUGAAACCCUCCUUGAAAGGGCUGAAAUUGAACUGAAAGAAAGAGAUGCUAAAGCUAAAGCCUAUGAAAAUCACCUGAACAUGGCCCGAGCUGAAAUCCAUGAUCUUACACAGCAUAAAAACUGUCUAAAAGAUGAACUUGACAUCGUUCACAGAGAACUGAAACAUUCUUAUAGACUGCAAAGUGAACAAAAAGAGGAAAAACACUCCACAGAGUUUCCCCUGGCCAGUGGACCCAAGCCUUUCAGCCAAGAACUUAGAGCUGAAAAAGGGAGUGAAAGCCUGCUUUUCAAAAUGUCACCAACCAGCCUGCACGAACCCCUGUCAGCAGCGGGGGAGGGAAAACCCUUCCAGAAAGUCCUGGUCACCAGCCACAGACACAUGGCUCCCAAAGAACUGGACAAGCUGGCUAGAAACAUCCCUACGUUCAACCCAGAUCCUGCAGGAGGCCAUGACAUUCACGCUUACUUACAGGACAUAGACUUUCACUUACAAACUGUCGCCAACGUAACCACUUGGGACAAACUGUACCUGCUCAGAAUUACGUCCAGUCGUGAGGUACGCAGUUUCUUAGACCGUCAACCAGAGACUGUCAAAACAGACUACCAGCAACUGCGAAAAGCUUUGGUGCGUGAAUUCUCUGAUCCAGAAUCAGACCAAGGGUUAGUAACCGCAAUGGACCUCAAGCAAGGUCGACUUGAAACCCCACCAAAUUUCUAUAACCGACUGCGACGUGCCUACUUCGGAGCACGAAAUGAACCAGGCAUGGAGGAAGACAUUAACUUCCGAACUUUGUUUCUUCAAAAUCUCCAUCCUACUGUAAGCCACCAUUUGGGAGUAUUAGCGUGCCCGCGUAGCAUGUCAACGCAACAGUUACGCGACUUAGCCCAUAAGGCUUACACCAAACAAAAGACUGUGUCAGAAAAGACUGUAAAACACCCAACUAUUUGCCCUGUCUCUGAGUCCUAUUCAGAGUUGACCCUAGAGGGCGCCCAACCGCACCACAGUUAUAGACCCAACAACCGAGAGUCAAGACCGUUCCAAGCCAGCAGAGGGCAGCGUGGUCGUGGUGGUGCCCGUCCGAGGCAACAGAACGACCGCUCUGGAGGAUCCUGGGACCGGCCUCGCCCCUCCCACAACCAAAAGGGGGAGGGCACCUGGGAAGCCAGCCGGCGACUCAGAAAUAGCCGACCUACAGCCUCCAGAACACCAAGCCCAGGGAGCCGGGAGGGGGAACACUCUCAACGUGAUGCUUGGAAGCUCAAGGCUGAACCCACAUCUAACAAGGAAAGUGCAGCCACAUCCAAAGCUGCAGAACUUCUGAAUGUACUGAGAGAGUUCCUUAAAAAGAAACCUCACAAGGAAGACAAGAGGGAUAAACCAGACACCGCAUGACUAAACCUUAUGCCUGAAACCAACACCCUUCCCGACGUCUCAGCAACU